AUGUGCAGCUCUGAGGCCAAGGUGACCAUAGGGGUUGAAGUCACACCCAUGGUUGCUAGAAUCAAUGGCAGACCUGUCCUUCAGCCUACCUGCAAUCGGGUUCCUAGCCUCGACAGGCGGAAUUCGAUUAAGAAAAUAUCAACACCACCUCCCCCUCCACCAUUGCCAACUUCUUCUACUAGUCCUAGAAUUUCCAGCAAGGCUUCAUCAUUGUUAACACCUCCAAUUUCUCCAAAGUCAAAGUCUCCAAGGCCACCAGCAAUAAAGAGAGGAAAUGACCCUAAUGGGUUGAACUCAAGUUCUGAGAAAGUUGUGACCCCAGGAGGUACCACAAGAGCUAAGAUUUUGGAAAGGAAGAAGUCCAAGAGCUUUAAGCGUGCUAGUGUUGGUGUUGAUGGUGCUUCUGCUGAUCUUCAUCAUCAUGGAGAUUUUAGUGCUGGUGGAUUUUCUUCUUCUUCAAAUAUCGAGGCAUCGUUGAGUUAUUCGUCUUCUUUGAUCACUGAGGCGCCAGGAAGCAUUGCUGCUGUGAGGAGGGAGCAGAUGGCCCUUCAACAUGCACAAAGGAAGAUGAGGAUUGCCCAUUAUGGAAGAUCAAAGUCUGCCAACUUUGAAAAGGUUGUUCCUGUUGAUGCUUCUGGUAAUAUAGAAGCCAAGGGAGCUGAAGAAGAGAAGAGGUGCAGCUUUAUCACAGCUAAUUCAGAUCCCAUCUAUGUUGCUUACCAUGAUGAAGAAUGGGGAGUUCCAGUUCAUGAUGACAAGAUGUUGUUUGAACUGCUUGUUCUGAGUGGAGCUCAAGUUGGCUCAGAUUGGACUUCCAUUUUAAAGAAACGCCAAGAUUUUAGGAAUGCAUUUUCAGAUUUUGAUGCAGAAAUUGUGGCCAAUUUCACUGACAAGCAGAUGGUGUCAAUUGGUUCAGAAUAUGGCAUUGAUAUAAGCAGGGUCCGAGGAGUUGUGGACAACUCUAACCGAAUUCUUGAGAUUAAGAAGGAAUUUGGAUCAUUUGACAAGUACAUCUGGGGGUUUGUCAAUCAGAAACCCAUCUCACCUCAGUACAAAUUAGGCUACAAAAUCCCAGUUAAGACAUCGAAAUCAGAGUCCAUCAGCAAGGACAUGGUUAGGAGGGGAUUUAGGUUUGUGGGUCCAACAGUUGUUCAUUCUUUCAUGCAAGCCUCAGGCCUCACAAACGACCAUUUGAUCACUUGCCACAGGCACCUCCAGUGUACCUUAUUGGCAGCUCGCCGUCCCACAUUGGAAGAAGUUCUAUAG